AUGUCGGAAGCUACUGGAAUGAUUGCAUUGCAACUUGAGAGUGCUGACACGCUCUCAGUUAAGAUAAAUGCAAUAACAUUCGGUCUUAUUGCGAAGCUUCUUUUAUCCAAGAAUGUUGUUGAAAUUAUUAGCGGAAUUCUUGAAAAUUUACUAAUUGGCCUGAUACAACCAGACGAAGCCAUAAAAUCUAUAGGUGAAAUACUCAAAAACUAUCAUGCAGUGAAUCAAAUUUGGCGCGCAUUGACAGAUCGCAAGUCAAUUCGAAUGUCUCGUUUAUAUAACGACUUAGAGCAAAUAAUUCGACGGUUACUUGAAAAUGGCGUACCAGAAUACUACAUUAUAUCAUUUUUGUCCACAAUAAUCAACGCAACUCAACAUAAUGUAAGGAGAGUUGAUUUAAUUUCGUUAAUUCUUAGUUAUAAGUUUCUAAGGAAAUAUCAAAACAUAUCUAUUACAUAUUUACUAGUAAAUGGCCUACGCAUCGCCUCAAGAAUUCAUCCAAAUCCGAUGUUCGAUAAGGUACAUCCUGUUUUUAACGUCAGAAACCUCAUCGUCGAUCCAGAAGUGACUCCUCUACCACCUCCUUCAAUCAGAUAUCGUCCAAAAGAAAAAACAGAUCUUUCAACAAGCCAAAACGACUCGGAAGAAGAAGAGGAGGAGAUAAUUGGCCACUCUUACGUCCCAACAGAGUUUUUCAUCAGCCCUCUCCCAUCGACAUUUAUCUUGAACACUUACGCAAAAUCCACUCGUGUCGGAAGUGAAGGUGGAGAUACAGGAAAGAUGUCCGAGUUUGAGAGAUUCUACUCAUAUAUCAAAUGCUACGCCUCAUCUAUGUUCGAAUUGUUCGUUACAGCAGAUAUCUCAUAUUACGCUAACUCUCAUAUCAAAACAAACUCCAGAAUUCUACAAUACAACGCCAUAAACGAUCUCUACGCCAUUGAAGCACCUUCCAUCCUCAAAUACGUUAGGCAAUCUGGAGAUUCAAAAUUUGUGAAAAUCAGAUGUGCCGAAAAUAUCUUACGAUACGCUAUUUAUAGAUACAGAGUUCAAGAGAAGGUCAAAGCGUUCUCAGAUGUCUAUCCAGUCCUUGACGAACUUCCUUCCAUCAAUUUUUCCCAAAAAAGUGAACCAACGAUCAUUGAUUUCAACAUUUCCAGGUCAAACAUAUGUUUCUUACUCGGAGAGAUCUCAGUCAGCCACCUCCGUGUCCUCAAUAAGUUCAUAAAUACAGUACUUCCCAUUUUUACUCUCUCAAAAUCAGAAAUCGGAACUUUUAUCGUCAACGAAUACCUCGCAAAUGCUCUUUAUUACUUCGCGAGAUCAAGUGACGAACUCGACGAGCUCCUGGCAACUCCAAAGGGCGUGGAACCAUCACUACAAGCAAUUGUCGAUGCCGCUGUUUUCGAAGUUGAAUCAAAGUGUUCAAAUGUUGUCAAAAGUGAAGUGGCCACUUUUCUUGACAGUUUCUUUGGCAAGUUCAUAAGGAAUGGCGAUGACUUCUACACAAUGGUUGAUGAAGCAAUUGCGAAAUUCGGUUCUAAAACUGAUAAUUUCUUCAGAUUAGUUUGCGACAUUGAAAAAUUGACCGCAAUCGUUGAGAAGUUCUUCAAUGACAAGAACAGCCAAACAUUCAUCAAAGUUGCAAAGAUGUACAGCAAAGCAAGUGGAAUUAACGCAAGAGAAAUGGUUAAUUCAAGAAUUCCUUUAAUGACGAAGUACUUGACACGUGCAAGUAUAAUUAAUAGAUUGUUGAGAAUAGAUAUCAAUGGUUCUGAGAAUAAGGCAAAGAUAUUCUUCGCAUAG